AUGACUUUAAUGGAAAGAUAUGCAAAAAUUAAGGAUAAAAAAUUGAGUUAUAGAUAUGCAGAAAUUAAGGAUAAAAAAUUGAGUUAUAGAUGGAAAAAACAAUAUGAAAAUAUUAAACUUUUUAAGGAAACUUAUUCCGAUACUAAAAAUCUUGAUAAGUUACAUAAAAAAGAAUAUGCGAGACUUUUGACUAAUGCUUUACAAGACACUUUAAAGAAUUGGGUAAAAAAGAAAAAUAGUAAAUUAUUUGAUACUAAAACUUGGAACGAAUGUAAUAGAUUAUUAUGUGCUAUCGGUAAAGUUAUUGCAGAAUUAUUACCUGAUUGUUUUAGCUUUGAAAACUUGACUGUAGAGCAACUACAAGAAGUCGAAUUAUUUUUAAAAUACAUUUUGGAUGUAUCACAAUAUGAUAAAAAACAAGGCAUGCCAACACAAAUGUUAGAGGACAUUUUAAUCGAUUUAUUUUUCAGUAACAAAAUUAUGAGACUUUACAGAGAAAUGCGUUGUUCUAUGAAGAUGGAUGGUGAGUUUGUUAAAUUCGUUAAAACUGGAGUUAAAGAUUCAGGAGAAAACCCAAAUUUAAGUUUAGUUAUGAAUGCAGAUUACGAUUUCCCAAAAUAUGGUGAUUUUGCUAGUCAAAUUAUAACACCAUGGGAAACAAUGCCGAAAAAUGAUUCAUGUGAUCUGCAAUAUAGAUCAUGGGGAAUGUAA